AAGUCACCUUACCGCAAGCAGAAGAAAUACUCAAAAAGAAAUUUAACCUUAAUUUUCAACCUAUUCUAUUUGAAAACAUGCUUUUCUUUGAUCCUUCUCCUUUUCAACAAAAAGGUUCAGAACAAUGA